GGUGGGGAGCCCCGGCACGGACACCGCCCGCCCGGCGCUGCAGAACCCUCUCUCUCCCCCAGGUGUGACAGGCACAUUCUUCUCUCUCUCAGGAUUUUUUUCAUAGAGGAGCACAGAGAGAAGAAAGAGAAAAUUUCUGUUUCUGCUCCUUGCUUUUCCCAUGUGGAAUGUGUUUGGAGAAUUGUUUACCUGGGGUGAUUGUUUGGUUGGAUUCUGGUGAGGAUUGUUUGAGCCUGAUGGCCAAUCCAACACACCUGUGUCUGGACUCUCAGAGAGGGUCACGAGUUGUAAGUUAGAUAUGGUAGUUAGAAAAAGUAGGUUCACAGUUUUAGUAUCUCCUUUAAAUAGUCUAUUAAAGUAUUAUAGUAUAGUUAUAACAAAGAAAUCAUUCAGCCUUCUGAACUGGAGUCAGACAUCAUCAUUUCUUCCCACUGGGUUCACCUGCAUUUUCAAUACCCAGGGACCAGGCUGAAGCUGACAUCGCCUGCCAGGUCUAGGCUUCAACGUGCCAGCGGGGCUUCGCAGCAGGCACUGCUUCCCAGACUUCUCAAACUCGCCCCCCAGGAGAGAGCGAUGGAAAGUAAUUCUGCACCUGCCAGUUGCGUCACGCGAAGCAGGGAGCACCUGGGUUAGGGUGCUGCACCGAGAAGGGAGCAGGGGAAGGGCUUGGGCUGCAGCCUGGCUGGGGACAGUGGAGAGUCCAUGUGAGCGGCAAGGUACGAGCCUAGGAAAUAUUCUCAUACCCCCAGGGGUGUGUUAACACUGUCUGGCCUCCAGCCUGUGUGGGCUGGCAGCCUGUUGACUUUGAAGCCUUCAUCCCGUGGUGUUGUGGGGUCACAGCGUACUGGUGCCUGUGCGCCUAGGGUAGGCAGCCUGGCUGAGCCCCGGGCUGCCUGAAGAAGGUGCAGUGGAGCUGCUUGGGAAUAGCGGCCUCUGUGUUUACUGUCCACUACAGCUGCUGCCAAGGUUGGGAGUCGUAAACAGCCCUCCUCAAGGCUCUCUACGGAAAUUCCUACCAUGGCUUCCCGCUCCUCACUGCGGCCUCCAGAAAAAGUGAUUCCAUCCAAGCGUUUUUGCCUCGAUAAAGAUCAACUAACAGGAGCUGGUGUGCAGUAGGACCCAAAAGCUGAAGGAAAAUGGUAUAAAUGACCAGACAUGGGUGUGUGCGGAGUCCUCUUUGUCCAGAGAGUUGGCCCCUGGCCUGACUUCAGGGUGUGAAGAUACAGUCCCUGCUGAGCAGGUAUGAGCCAGCUGUGUCCUGUCACCAUGGAGCACUGCUGAGUCUCUGGCUUGGGCCAGCUAUGCCAGAGGUAGGAGAUGAUGAGAUCUGGACAUGCCAAUUUCUGGCUGGCACUUGAGCUGUUUUAUCCUUUCUCUGGGGCUUACACAAGACCAUGGGCAUUAUUUGUAUGGCUUUACCACCUCUCUAUGCUCAGGGGCCUGCAGGCUUCUGUCCAGUUAGAUUUUCUAAGGGCCUUUUGAAAAACUCAAACUUCCUGUGGCUUGUGUUGUCACUUUUAUAUGUCCUGCCAUGUAGGACAUGGCCCCAGGAUGGGGUGUGCAGAGCCUGCAAGAUGAAUCUCCAAGUUAGGAAAUCUCCUACCUACAAAAUAAGUGUAUGCAUUUUCCAGCAGUUUUAGGGCUCUUCAUUUUGUGGCUGCAGCCAGCCAAAGGCAUUCUUGUUUCCUACAGGUGCUGGCAGACGCUCGCUACAGCGGCUCCUUUGCCAGGCACGGCUCCUGUGAUGGAUGUGCCCUGGCAGUGGUCCCCAGGGUGCUGGGCUUGGAGUGUUGGAUGGGCUGCAGUGCUCCUCCAGAGGAUGAGCUGUGCUGUGGCUGUGUUGUGGUGGGGGUGCAACUCCCUGCAUCACACUUGCCCCCUGCUCUUGCCAGUCUGCAGGUGAUCAGCUGUCCCAGGAACUCAAGCAUGUGAAGAAAGAGCUGGAACAAGCGAAGGGUGAGCUUGGUACGUGUUCUGAGGACUGCAGGACGCCUGCAGUCCAGGUGACAUCCCCUGCUUGUACCUGGAGCCCAGGACCUGCAGCUCCACGGGAGUGGAGCUGGCUUCAUGUUUAGGGGGUAGAGCAGGAUCUCAGCUGCUGCCCUAGAGAGUCUGGGUGUGAAGUAUUUAGGAUGGGCUGAGCACACACCUUCUUGCCUCCUGUCUGCAGCUGACAAGAUUGCCCAGUGUGCAGCCUAUCAGCAGACAAUCUCCUCCUUGCAGGCUCAGCUCAGAGCAGCAGGUGUGUUCCCUCGCUGUGGUGAGCCCUUGCUUCUGGGCAAGCUGCAGGGAUGCUCCAGUGAUCCCUUGUGGGCUGCGAGGUGGAAGGGAUACAGCUCAUGGCCUUUCCCAGGGGUCAGGUGCUGAGUGCCAGAAGCAUUACUGCUUUGAUGUUGCUGUUGCUUCCUGACAGGAAAGAUUCCUAUUUUCAGACAGGAAUCUGUCUGAAAGAUGCAGCAGUGUUCAACGGUGGUGACCUGGGGAGAGACUGACAGCUGGGACAUGGGGACAGAGCCUCUGGGGCUUUUGACCAGCUGAGCUUCACUGAGGAGAAGACGAGAUGUUGGGGGAAAAAAUGACCGGUUUUGGGAAGAAGCUGAUCCGCCGGCGCACGGUGGACCUGAGCUCCGAAGACACACAUUUUGCUCGUUGCCUCUCCACACUGGACCUUGUAUCCCUGGGCGUGGGCAGCACGCUAGGGGCUGGUGUGUAUGUGCUGGCUGGGGAGGUAGCCAAGGAGAUGGCUGGUCCCUCCAUCGUCCUCUGCUUCCUGGUGGCUGCUUUCUCCUCUGUGCUGGCUGGACUCUGCUAUGCGGAGUUUGGGGCCCGCGUCCCCAAGGCUGGCUCUGCGUACCUCUACAGCUACGUUACCGUUGGUGAGAUCUGGGCUUUUAUAGCCGGGUGGAACCUCAUUCUCUCCUACGUGAUAGGUACAGCCAGCGUGGCUCGAGCCUGGAGUGCAACAUUUGACAACCUCAUCGGCAACCACAUCUCCACCUUCUUCGCCAACAAGAUCCCGAUGCACCUGCCAGGAGUGCUGGCCGAGCAUCCAGACUUCUUUGCCUUGAUUCUGAUUUUGCUGCUUACUGUACUGCUGGCUUUUGGUGUCAGCGAAUCUGCGCUUGUGAACAAAAUCUUCACGGCGGUGAACCUGUUGGUGCUGAGCUUUGUUAUCAUUGCUGGCUUCAUCAAGGGAGACAUCGAGAACUGGCAGCUUUCGGAGGAGAAUUGUGUCAACUGCUCACUGCCAGACCCACCGGAUGACAUGAAAAAAGCUUUUGGCUCUGGUGGGUUUUUCCCCUUUGGACUGGAAGGGAUGCUGACCGGCGCUGCCACCUGUUUCUAUGCCUUCGUGGGCUUUGACUGCAUUGCCACCACAGGGGAGGAAGCCAGGAACCCACAGCGCUCGAUUCCCAUUGGCAUCAUCGUGUCCCUCCUCAUCUGCUUUGUGGCUUAUUUUGGGGUUUCUGCAUCCCUAACUCUCAUGGUGCCCUACUUCCUCCUGAACAAGAACAGCCCUCUGCCUGAGGCUUUCAAGGCGGUUGGCUGGGAGCCCGCCCGCUACGCCGUCGCCAUUGGCUCACUCUGUGCCCUCUCCACCAGCUUGCUGGGCUCCAUGUUUCCCAUGCCCCGAGUGAUCCAUGCCAUGGCAGAGGACGGGCUGCUCUUCAAGUUCCUCUCCCGGAUCCACAGCGGCAGAAAGACCCCUCUGAUCGCCACCUUUGUCUCGGGGUUCUUCGCAGCGGUGUUUGCCCUCCUGCUUGACCUGAAGGACCUGGUGGACCUCAUGUCGAUCGGCACGCUGCUGGCCUACUCCCUGGUGGCGGUGUGCGUGCUCAUCCUCCGGUACCAGCCCAGGCAGCCAAACUCCCCGAAGGCCAUGGAAAUGCUGGAGCUGAAUGGGAAUGAGGAGGAGAGAGUGAUCAUGAACCCAGCCAUCACUGCUGCCAGCGCCCAGCACAAAGAGACGACAUCCCUGGCCAUGCUCUUCAACCCGCCUGGGGACACCCCCACUGUGCUCUCGGGGCGCAUUGUCUAUGUCUGCGUGGCGGUCAUUGCCAUACUGAUCACAGUCAUCUGCGUGGUCCUGACCCUCAAUGUGGUUGCGCUGAAGGAUGCCAAUGUGGGCUGUGUUGUGGCUCUGGUGCUGCUCCUCGUGGCUCUGCUCGUUUUCACCAUCAUCAUUUGGAGGCAGCCGCAGAGCAGUGCACGGUUAAACUUCAAAGUACCUUUCCUCCCACUCCUGCCAAUCUUCAGCACCUUCAUUAACAUCCUGCUGAUGGUACAGCUGAGUGCGGGCACCUGGGCGCGGUUUGCAGUCUGCAUGGUUGUGGGUUUUAUUAUUUACUUCACCUAUGGGAUUUGGAACAGCGUGGAAGGGAAAAAUGCAGAAAAAGCCUGUGCCACAGUAGAAAAACCUCUGCACCAUCCUGGACUGGACCUCAGCCCCGGGGCUGCUGCGAUCUGAGAGCCUGGGGGCCUGUGCUUCAUGGACCUCUUUGCCACUUCGGGACAAGAUCAUCCAUCCUCUCUCCUGCAGAGACUGAGUCCCAGAGUGAAGUACUAAGGUCUGAACAGCAGGCCCUGAGCCAAAGCUGACCUAGGAUGAACAUUCCAACCAAAUGUUGUACGUUUCCACUAAUUAACAAAGUAUUGUUAUAUGUACUUACUUAUUGGCAAAACAUGUUCACCUUUCUGUAUCUAGAAACAGGAUAAGGCCACAUCUGGCCUAAUUAGGUAUAGGAUCAAAGACAAUUCCCUUGGAUCCUCCUUGAGCCCUGGCCAGGCUUUGGGAGAAAGCUGACAGGAAAAUGAAAGUAGAAAUUAUCUCAGCUGGUUUGUUUAGCAGUGUAAAAACCGGACCACUGUCACAGCAAAGUGGGGGAGCCUCGUGGCCUGCAAAGGAGGAGGCACUGCAGGAGUUCCAGUUCCUGGCGUGGUUCUCCAGUCCUUGGCUUCCCCACAGAGCUGAUGUCUCUCGGGCUUGGAUGAUGCAUCAUCGUUGGGGUAACUGGUGAGGUAUCUUAAUCACUGUAGACAUUCUUUCCUAGCAAUGAUUAGCAUUGCUUAGCUUGUCCCUUUGUAAUUCUUUGCUCAUGGUUAGGUGCUUUGCUUAGCUUAUCCUUUUGUGAUUCUUUGCAGUUUUCCAUCACAGUAAAUGCCACUGUUCCUUAAGUUGGUGUCUGCGUCUCUGACCCUACUCACCAGCAAAACAAAAUCAGUGUAGUCAGCAGGGUCAGAACAAUUUGCUUUUAAAAUCUAAAUGAAAGUAAUCAGUCCUGUCCAAAAUUCCCAGAUGGGAAGACCUUCCAUACAGUUCCCUGGUCCUCAAGUGGGCUAUGGUUGGAGGACCAUGUGAGCAAUGGGGAAGUCAGUUAAAAGAAGUUGAACUGCUGGAUAUAUUGAAAUGCAUCCAAAAAUUGCAUACUGAAAAAAGAAAAGAACUUGUGGAUUUGGAAAGGCAGGGAUGGAUUUUGUUAACAGUAUAUCAAACAAAACACCAACAAAAGGAACAGUUGUUGAAAUGUUCUAACACAGACCAACAGAUGUGAGUUGCAGAAUCAAAUUUUAAUGCUAAAAGGCCAAAAUAAGCUGCUUGCUGAUAAGUUGGAUUUACCAGAUUUGCUGAGAAGGCUGCAGUUAGAGUAGCUCAGUAUAAGGAAAGGAGGGGGCAAGUCAAUCACAAGAAAAUGCAUGCAGUGAUUGCAGAGGCAGGUGUGCAGUGGGAUCCUGAUAAACGGAAUGGAGAUGUUUGGGAUUCUGUGGAUUCUGAUGAGGUUGGUUCCUGAGAUGAAUUUGUAGAUGUGAGACCAGCAUGGAGAUGAAAGUGUUAUUAGAUCCUAAUGGUCAGGAGGGAUACUCAUAGAAUAUUAUACUCAGCAUGAAGUAAAUGAAAUAUUUGAACAGUUUAGGAAAAACCAGGGGAACCUCUUUUCUCCUGGAUGGUGUGCUUGCAUGAUCUAGGAGUAUCAGGGAUAACUCGGGGGACUCUAAGUUUUUAGUUUGAGUUUGGAUUCUUCUGUGCAGGAUGCAUUUUGGAAUAACAUUCACAAUACUAAUUUGUUAGCUUUGGCUGCUUUGGAUGUAAUACUAAAUACCCUGCAGAAAAUUAAUGGCCAAGAUCUGAAAGUCAGCGGUACACUUUGUGAGACUGUGUACAACGAGAUGCACAAGAGUCUCUUGUAUUUUGUAUUUGUAGAUAACGUUACUGAAGAUACAACCAGUCACUCCAAUAUUUGUACCUGUAACUUUAUUGUAAUGACAUGAUUUUAGUUAUUUAUUUUUUAUUUCUAUUUUUAAAUGAAGAUUUUUAGUUUUUUACCUCCUGUUAUAUCCUGUCAAUUUUUGGAAUCUAACUAUACCCUGAUUCAAGACUUGCAGUUACUGCCAUUGGUAUGAACUGGUAAAGGUACUGUUCCAACACACAGACCUGAGGCUUGCUGAAACAAGCCCAGGAGAAUGGAUAAAAGGCUUUGAUUGCUGUCCAUCAUGGCAUGGCAGAAAUCCAUCAUGUGAUGUAAGCACACAGUUUUUGUCACUGGGAUGGGGCUGUGUGUGGCACAGUUUGUGUCACUGGGAUGGGGCUGUGUGUGGCACAGUUUGUGUCACUGGGAUGGGGCUGUGUGUGGCACAGUUUGUGUCACUGGGAUGGGGCUGUGUGUGGCACAGUUUGUGUCACUGGGAUGGGGCUGUGUGUGGCACACAGUUUGUGUCACUGGGAUGGGGCUGUGUGUGGCACAGUUUGUGUCACUGGGAUGGGGCUGUGUGUGGCACAGUUUGUGUCACUGGGAUGGGGCUGUGUGUGGCACAGUUUGUGUCACUGGGAUGGGGCUGUGUGUGGCACACAGUUUGUGUCACUGGGGCUGUGUGUGGCACAGUUUGUGUCACUGGGGCUGUGUGUGGCACAGUUUGUGUCACUGGGGCUGUGUGUGGCACAGUUUGUGUCACUGGCACUGGGGCUGUGUGUGGCACAGUUUGUGUCACUGGGAUGGGGCUGUGUGUGGCACACAGUUUGUGUCACUGGGGCUGUGUGUGGCACAGUUUGUGUCACUGGGAUGGGGCUGUGUGUGGCACAGUUUGUGUCACUGGGAUGGGGCUGUGUGUGGCACAGUUUGUGUCACUGGGAUGGGGCUGUGUGUGGCACAGUUUGGGUCACUGGGAUGGGGCUGUGGCCCAGCCUCAUCCCCAGUGGGCACAGCUGUGAGGAGCAGGUGAGCAGCAUUGGCAGCAAUGAGCCAUGGAGUGCCCAGGGGCACUGAGCAACCACCAAAGGGAGCAGAGGGCACACAGAGCCAUGCAUGAACAUGAGGGUAUAAAAGGCUGGGCUGAAGAACAGGAAGGGUGGGUGCUUGCAGCCUUCUGAGGUGGCCUGGUGUUACUCUGUAUGGGUUGAAGCCUUCUGAAAUGGUAUGUUUCUGUGUAUUGUGGCUGUCUCAACUGUGACAUGUGCUGUGACCUUUGCUGUGACAAUGUGAUGGAACAGGUGAAGAAAGAUGGAGAACACGGAUGGUGGGACAUUGUUUUUGGAUGGAUGCCUACAGGUACCAGAAUUCUCAACUGAGUGCUUCACCCUGGUGUUUUUUUAUUGAUGCUAAUCCUUUUGCUUCUUGUUCUGAUAAUUGCAUAGUAUGUUAAGGUUUGGAUGAUUACAAAACAAUUAGCUUACCAACUACCUCCACCAACAGCAGACAAUCCAUAUGGUACCAAAGCAUGAAAUGUUCUCAAGCUGCUUGGAUGUUGUGAAGCUUGAGUGACUAUAGUCACAGGGUGUAUUAUGUAGGAGAAUGACUGGGAACUCUGUGGACAGGUAACUGGCAGUCCAAUUAGAGGAAACUGAGGACUUAAAACAGUAUGGAAAUUACAGGAUAGGGAUUCCACUAUUCCUACAUUUGGUGUCUGUGUCUCUGACCCUACCCACUGGCAAAACACAGAGUCAGGACUGCAGAGCUGGGUCAUGUGCUGCCUCCCCCUCCCAGGAAAAUGCCCAGGCUGGAUGGGAGUGCCCAGGGCUGGUCGCUGCCCUCCUCCAGUCCCGCAGAGGGGCACUGACAUCAGCACAGCCCUCCAGCCAUGGAAGUGUUUUUCCUUGUGCACAUGAGGCCCCACAUGAUGGUGCAGCCGUAUUCCACCUCUCAUGUGGCUCUGUUCACCACCUCCUCCCUGCUUUCCAAGUGCCAGGCUUGUACAUGGCAGCCAUGCUGGAGCUCUGCAGGAAGGCUCACUGAAACUUGUUUUGGUACUGCUAGCAAACUGCUACUGCCCUGACCAUGCUGUUUGAUACAAAUAUCUUGCUCAAGUGUCUGUGAGAUGUCCUCAGUGUAACUAUACUUAUGUCCAACCUCAUCUGCUUUUCUAUAAUUUUAAAGUGAAUUUUUAAAUCUAUUAAAUUAAAUGUUUUAACGUGC